AUGGUGUCAGAUGUUAAUGAUUCAGAUCCUGUUGUUAUAGUUGCUUGUAAAAAUGUGGCAUCAGAUUUAAAUAAUUCUGAAGUUGUUGUGGUAGUUGAUGAGAACAACAAUGUGGUAUCAUGUGUCAAUGAUUCUGAUGUUGUGGUAGCUGAUAACAACGUAGUAUCAUGUGUUAAUGAUUCCGAUGUUGUGGUAGCUGAUAACAACAAUGUGGUAUCAUGUGUUAACGAUUCUGAUAUUGUUGUGGUAGCUGAUGAUAAGAACAAGGUGGUAUCAUGUUUCAAGGAUUCUGAUGCCGUUGUGGUAGCUGAUGACAACAAUGUGGCAUCAUAUGUCAAUGAUUCUGAUGUUGUCGUAGUAGCUGAUGGGAACAACGUGGCAUCAUGUGUCAAUGAUUCUGAUGUUGUCAUGGUAGCUGAUGACAACAACGUGGCAUCAUGUGUCAAUGAUUCUGAUGUUGUCGUGGUAGCUGAUGGGAACAACAAUGUGGUAUCAUGUGUCAGUGAUUCUGAUACUGUCAUGGUAGCUGAUGAUAACAACAACGUGGUAUCAUGUGUCAGUGAUUCUGAUGCCGUUGUGGUAGAUGAUGAUAACAACAACGUGGUAUUAUGUGUCAGUGAUUCUGAUGCCGCUGUGGUAAUUGAUGAUAACAACAAUGUGGUAUCAUGUGUCAAGGCUUCUGAUGCCGUUGUGGUAGCUGAUGAUAACAACAAUGUGGUAUCAUGUGUCAAGGAUUCUGAUGCUGUUGUGGUAGCUGAUGACAACAACGUGGUAUCAUGUGUCAAGGUUUCUGAUGUUGUCGUGGUAGCUGAUGGGAACAAUGUGGCAUCAUGUGUCAAUGAUUCUGAUGUUCCCAUGGUAGCUGAUGACAACAAUGUGGUGUCAUGUGUCAAGGAUUCUGAUGCCGUCGUGGCAGCUGAUGGGAACAACAACGUGGUAUCAUGUGUCAGUGAUUCUGAUGUUGCCAUGAUAGCUGAUGACAACAACGUGGUAUCAUGUGUCAAGGAUUCUGAUGCCAAUGUGGUAGCUGAUGAUAACAACAAUGUGGUAUCAUAUGUCAAGGAUUCUGAUGACUUUGUGGUAGCUGAUGAUAACAACAAUGUGGUGUCAAGUGUCAAGGAUUCUGAAGAUAACAACAAUGUGGUAUCAUGUGUCAGUGAUUCUGAUACUGUCAUGGUAGCUGAUGAUAACAACAACGUGGUAUCACGUAUCAGUGAUUCUGAUGCCGUUGUGGUAGCUGAUGAUAACAACAAAGUGGUAUCAUGUAUCAGUGAUUCUGAUGUUGCCAUGGUAGCUGAUGACAACAACGUGGUAUCAUGUGUCAGUGAUUCUGAUGUUGCCAUGGUAGCUGAUGACAACAACGUGGUAUCAUGUGUCACGGCUUCUGAUGCCGUUGUAGCAGCUGAUGAUAACAACAAUGUGGUAUCAAGUGUCAAGGCUUCUGAUGCCGUUGUGGCAGCUGAUGAUAACAACAAUGUGGUAUCAAGUGUCAAGGCUUCUGAUGCCGUUGUGGCAGCUGAUGAUAACAACAAUGUGGUAUCAUGUGUCAAGGAUUCUGAUGCCGUUGUGGCAGCUGAUGAUAACAACAAUGUGGUAUCAUGUGUCAAGGAUUCUGAUGCCGUUGUGGCAGCUGAUGAAAACAACAAUGUGGUAUCAUGUGUCAAGGAUUCUGAUGCCGUCGUGGCAGCUGAUGGGAACAACAACGUGGUAUCAUGUGUCAGUGUAGAUCUUGCCAUGUAG